CUAGCUAGUUAGCAUAGAUACUUUUUGCAUCAGUAAGAAAGAAGGGCUACAGAUUAUCUGUACUGGCGAGCUUUUUUCUAACAAAGUUAUUUGAAUUAAGACCAUGAGAGCCGUUCCAACGUGGAUCGAUAAAGUGCACGACCGUGACAAGGUUGAGCAAUGUAUUUAUGAUAUAGCCUUCAAACCGGAUGGCUCUCAACUCAUUGUAGCUGCAGGAAACAGGGUGCUGGUGUAUGACACAUCUGAUGGGACCUUGAUACAGCCUUUAAAAGGACACAAGGACACUGUCUACUGUGUGGCCUAUGCUAAAGAUGGAAAGCGUUUUGCGUCAGGUUCUGCUGACAAGAGCAUCAUCAUCUGGACAUCAAAACUUGAGGGAAUUCUUAAAUAUACACACAAUGACUCUAUUCAGUGUGUUUCGUACAACCCUGUUACUCAUCAGUUGGCCUCCUGUUCCUCAGGCGAUUUUGGUCUGUGGUCUCCAGAGCAAAAGUCGGUAAACAAACAUAAAGUCAGCAGCAAAAUCACAUGCUGUGGCUGGACGAAUGAUGGGCAGUACCUGGCUUUGGGCAUGAUGAAUGGCGUUGUGAGCAUCCGCAACAAGAACGGAGAGGAGAAGGUGAAGAUCGAGCGGCCGGGCGGAUCCUCCUCUCCUAUCUGGUCCAUAGCCUGGAACCCCUCAAAUGACUGGCAGAUGUGGACGGCCUUCACCAACUGGGACGAGGCGGACCAGGAGACUGUAGAGGAGGGCAGCUGCCUGUCGGACGAGGAGCUGGAGGCUCUGGGCCUCCUGCUGGACAGGCCAGAGAGCGGCAGGGAGACAGGCAGUGUGGCAGAGGAGGGCCAGGCAGAGAGAGCAGGGCAGGAGACAGACGAGGAGCUGCUGCUGCAAGAGGUGGACAGCUGUGGGCCACUCAGGGAUGAACACAAUGAUAUUUUGGCAGUGGCUGACUGGGGCCAGAGACUCUCAUUCUAUCAGCUCAGUGGCAAGCAGAUAGGGAAGGACCGGCUCCUGAACUAUGACCCCUGCUGCGUCAGCUACUUCUCCAAGGGCGAGUACAUUGUGAUGGGGGGCUCCGACAAGCAGGCCUCACUCUACACCAAAGACGGCGUGCGCCUGGGCCCCAUCAGCGAGCAGAACUCCUGGGUGUGGACCUGCCGCGUCAAACCCGACUCCAACUACGUGGUGGUAGGCUGUCAGGACGGCACCAUUGCCUUCUUCCAGCUGAUCUUCAGCACCGUUCACGGCCUCUACAAGGACCGCUACGCCUACAGAGACAGCAUGACUGACGUCAUCGUCCAGCACCUCAUCACUGAGCAGAAAGUGAGGAUAAAAUGCAGAGAGUUGGUGAAGAAGAUCGCCAUCUACAGGAACCGGCUAGCCAUCCAGCUGCCGGAGAAGAUCCUCAUCUACGAGUGCUACACGGACGACUCAUCGGACAUGCACUACCGCGUCAAGGAGAAGAUAAGCCGGCGCUUCGAGUGCAACCUGCUGGUGGUGUGCUCCCGCCACCUCAUCCUCUGCCAGGAGAAGAGGCUUCAGUGUCUGUCCUUCACCAAUGUGAAAGAGAGGGAGUGGCUGAUGGAGUCUCUCAUUCGCUACAUCAAAGUGAUUGGCGGCCCGCCAGGGAGGGAGGGGCUUUUAGUGGGCCUGAAGAACGGUUCGAUCUUGAAGAUCUUCGUGGACAACCCGUUCGCCAUCACGCUGCUGAAGCAGAGCACAUCGGUGCGCUGUCUGGACAUGAGUGCCACGCGCAGCAAGCUGGCCGUGGUGGACGAGCACAACACCUGCCUGGUCUACGACAUCCACACCAAAGAGCUGCUCUUCCAGGAGCCCAAUGCGAACAGCGUGGCCUGGAACACCCAGUGUGAGGACAUGCUGUGUUUCUCGGGGAACGGCUACCUGAACAUCAAGGCCAGUAACUUCCCUGUGCACCAGCAGAAGCUGCAGGGCUUUGUGGUGGGCUACAACGGCUCCAAGAUCUUCUGCUUACACGUCUACUCUAUGGCAGCGGUGGAAGUACCCCAGUCGGCUCCCAUGUAUCAGUACCUGGAGAGGCGCAUGUUUAAGGAGGCCUAUCAGAUCGCCUGCCUGGGCGUGACCGACAGUGACUGGCGAGAUCUGGCCACCGAGGCCCUGGAAGGUCUGGAUUUUGACACCGCUAAGAAGGCCUUUAUCAGGGUGAGGGAUCUACGCUACCUGGAGCUCAUCAGCAGCAUCGAGGAGCGGAAGAAAAGAGGAGAGAGCAACAGCGAGCUGUUUCUGGCUGAUGUGUUUGCUUACCAGGGGAAGUUUCACGAGGCUGCCAAGCUUUACCGGCGCUGUGGUUAUGACAACAGAGCGCUCAGCAUGUACACAGACCUGCGCAUGUUCGAGUACGCCAAGGACUACCUGGGCUCGGCCGACCCUAAGGACACGCGUGUGCUGAUGAGUAAGCAGGCGGACUGGGCGCGCAGCAGCAAGGAGCCCCGGGCGGCCGCCGAGAUGUACCUGAGCGCUGGGGAGCACCUCAAGGCCAUCAACAUCAUCGGAGAGCACGGCUGGGUGGACAUGUUGAUAGAUCUGGCGCGCAAGCUGGAUAAAGCGGAGCGGGAGCCGCUGUCCCGCUGUGCUGCCUUUUUUAAGCAGCUCAAUCACCAUGGUUACGCCUCUGAGACUUACACCAAGAUGGGAGACCUUAAGGCACUGGCACAGUUACACGUCGACGCCCGGCACUGGGAUGAGGCCUUCACCCUGGUGGACAAACACCCCGAGCUCAGAGAUGAUGUGUACGUGCCAUACGCCCAGUGGCUGGCAGAGAACGACCGCUUUGAAGAGGCCCAGAAAGCGUUCCACCGGGCGGGCAGGCAGGCGGAGGCGGUGCGCGUGCUGGAGCAGCUCACCCACAACGCCGUGGUGGAGAGCCGCUUCAACGACGCCUCCUACUACUACUGGAUGCUGGCCAUGCAGUGUCUGGACAUCGCAAGAGAUAACGAGGACAAGAAGGAGGAGAUGCUGAAGAAGUUCCACCGUUUCCAGAUGUUGGCUGAGCUCUACCACGUCUAUCACUCCAUCCACCGUUACACAGAGGAUCCGUUCAGUUCUCACAUGCCAGAGACGCUCUUCAACAUCUCACGCUUCCUGCUACAUCAUCUCACCAAGGACGUUCCUCUGGGUAUUUCCAAAGUGAACACGCUGUAUACGCUGGCGAAGCAGAGUAAGCACCUGGGCGACACAAGCUACAAAUGGCCACACCCUCUGGCUGAUGCAAGGCCUCUUUGCAUCCACCCGCGGCUGCAGGAGGCCAUGCAGCUGGGCAGCCUCACCGUGCGCUCCAAACCCUUCCACGACAGCGAGGACUUGGUCCCCAUGUGUUUCCGCUGCUCCACCAACAACCCUCUCCUAAACAACCUUGGCAACGUGUGUAUCAACUGCAGACAGCCCUUCAUCUGCUCAGCCUCCUCCUACGAGGUGUUGCCGCUGGUGGAGUUCUACUUGGAGGAGGGGAUCACAGAUGAGGAGGCCGUGUCUUUGAUUGACCUGGAGGCACCACAGACCGACAGGAAGAGCUCACGCUGGCACAACAUGAGCAGCGGGGAGUCCCAGUCCCUGAAGCUGGAGGACAGUGUGGAUGAGUCAGAGGACCCCUUCACAGCCAAGCUGAGCUUUGAGCAGGGGGGCAGUGAGUUUGUGCCUGUGGUGGUCAGCAAGAGCGUGCUGAUGUCCAUGUCCAGACGGGACGUCUUGAUCAAGCGCUGGCCUCGUCCGCUCAGAUGGCAGUACUACCGCUCCCUGCUGCCCGACGUCAGCAUCACCAUGUGCCCAUCCUGCUUCCAGAUGUUCCACAGCGAGGAGUACGAGCUGCUGGUCCUGCAGCACAACUGCUGUCCCUACUGUCGCCGGUCCAUCGACGAGCCCAACUAAGUGUAUGUGUGUGGUAGACACCGUGUGUGUGUGUGUGUGUGUGUGUGAGUUGGUGAGUGAGUGAGUGAGUGAGUAUGUGUGUAUGCGUAUGCGUAUGUGUAU